UAAGCGCGAAGCUUUGAACACUGUCGCAGUGGUGUGUUUUCCAGGAAGUUUUUUUUUUGAGUAUAAUUAGUAAUCAGAGAAUCAGAUCAAAAUGCGUAUCGGAGCUAUCAUUCCCGACUUCAAGGCCGACAGUACACUGGGGCCCAUCAGUUUCUACAAUUGGCUUGGUGACUCGUGGUGUGUCCUGUUUUCGCAUCCUGCCGAUUUUACUCCAGUUUGUACAACCGAACUGGGUCGGAUCGCCGUACAUCGGGAGCACUUUGCUCAGAGAAAUGUGAAGAUUUUGGCCCAUUCGGUGGAUGAUCUCAAGUGUCACGUGGAUUGGGUUAAUGACAUCAAGUCCUACUGUCCAGAUAUUCUCGGUAACUUCCCGUAUCCGAUUAUCGCGGACCCCAAUCGUGAACUAGCCGUUCGGUUCGGGAUGCUGGACGAAAAGGACCAAGACAAUGCAGAGCUGGCCCACACCGUACGAGCCUUGUACAUAAUCAGUCCCGAUCACCGCGUGCGGCUAACAAUGCACUAUCCUACAUCGACUGGCCGAAAUGUAGACGAAAUUUUACGGGUGAUUGAUUCCCUCCAACUGACCGAUCGCCUUAAGGUGAUCGCAACACCAGCCAACUGGACGCCCGGCACCAAGGUGAUGAUUCUACCGGAGGUUACCGAGGCGGAUGCCGACAAGCUGUUUCCCGGCGGAAUCGAGCGUGUCUCAAUGCCGUCCGGUCACGUGUACGUGCGCACCACCACCGACUACAAAUGAGGCGCUGCUGGUUCGGUGCGAACUCAGCUUUGCCGAAGAAAAUUGCGUUUGUGUUUGGAACCCUUUGAAUAAUAAUUAUACCUAGUUGCUUCUAAGUUGCGCCUCUUCCUUCAAUGCAAGAGUUUUAUUUGCAGUAGGUAUUUGAUAUCACAUUUCAAAAGGCAUCGCUUUUAAUUUCAUUCGACUGUGGUGUAGGCGACGCGUUUAUUUGCAUUGUUACUAACCUUUUGAAUCUUUAAGUUUAUAUACAACGGAAAACAAGUGAGUCUGUAGUUUACGUUGACAAGAUAGGUGCAUUUUCUGUUACGACCUGGGCUUAUAAUGUGCAGUUUUUUGACAGUCUUAUCAACUAACUGUCUGGAUGAGGAACGAAGCCAAGGGCACUAUUAUUGAGUCUUGAGCUGGCAAAACCUGUUAUCUCAACAAUUCAACACGGAUCGUGUAACCGAAGGAGAUGCUUUGUCAUUUAUGAAUGUGGUUAUGUGAUACGACACGCAUUGCAAAAAUUUC